AUGGCGACCCCUGCGACGAUAACCGACUUUAGUAAGAUUCCUUCUAUGCCAGGUGUGUCUCCGAUGACCCCGGACCAGACCAAAGGUGGUUUUUGGUCUUCCAAUCCUAUUUCUAGCUUCGCUCUUGAUGCUUACAGAAAUGUUCAUGCUCACAGACAAUCCCUUUCACUGGUAAACCCAGGUUCAGUGGAGAAUUUGAACAAAGAAGUGGCCCGUGAUGUGUUUUUAUCUCAAUACUUCUUUACAGGUUUGAGAGCAGAUUUGAACAAGGCAUUCAGUUUGAACCCAGCUUUCCAAACUUCUCACACUUUUUCUAUUGGAUCGAGUGCUUUGCCAAGUUAUGCGUUAUCGGCAUUGUUUGCAGAUGAUAACUUGUUUGUGCAAGGUAACCUAGAUAACGAAUUCUCUCUUUCGGGGAGAUUGAACUACGGUUGGGAUAAGAACAACAUCUCCAAGGUUAACUUACAGUUGGCUCAUGGUCAACCAACUAUGUGCCAAUUGGAACAGGACUACCAAGGUUCCGAUUUUUCAUUGAAUUUCAAGACAUUGAACCCCUCCGUUUCUUCUGCUGAUCUAUUCACUGGUGUAGCAGUUGGUUCCAUAUUACAAAGUAUCACUCCUCAAUUGUCCCUUGGUUUGGAAAUGCUAUACUCUAGAGGUCAAGGUACCGCACCAGCAGAUGCAGGUGUUUCAUAUUUGGGUCGUUACGUCUCCACAAAGCAAGACUGGAUCCUCUCUGGUCAAAUGCAAGCCAACGGUGCAUUGAUCGCUUCUUUCUGGAGAAAGGUUGCCGCUAAUGUGGAAGCCGGUAUUGAGACUACUCUACAAGCGGGUAUGGUGCCUAUUACUGACCCAGUCGUUGGUACUCCAAUUGGUAUCCAGCCAACUAUCGAAGGUUCUACCACUAUCGGUGCUAAAUAUGAAUACAGACAAUCGGUUUACCGUGGUACUGUUGACAGCAACGGUAAGGUCGCCUGUUUCCUAGAGAGAAAGAUUUUACCAACUCUAUCAGUGCUAUUCUGUGGUGAAAUUGACCAUUUCAAGCAAGAAAACAAAUUGGGCUGUGGUUUGCAAUUUGAAACCGCCGGUAAUGAAGAAUUGUUAAUGAUGCAACAAGGUUUGGACGUCAAUGGUAACCCAUUGCAAGCCCUACCUCAAGUUUAA